UUACAAUUUGGAAUCAGUUCGAUUGUUUCUCUCGUCGAUAACUUGUUCAGUUUCUAUUAAAUAACCAUCAUGUCUCUAACUUUGGAUCAAGUCAUUGAAAGAAUAAAAGUUCGCGUUGCAGCCGUUGAUCCAAAUGGUCCCCGUAAGGUUCUUGGAGUGUUCCAGCUGAACAUUAAGACUGCAACAGGUGUCGAAGAGUGGACCGUUGAUCUGAAGCAGUUAAUUGUUGAGAAGGGCCCUUCUAGCAAUCCCGAUGUGACUGUUACUGUAACCGUUGAGGAUCUGACUGCCAUCAGCGCGAAAACGUUGACCGUUGGUGAUGCUUUGACACAGGGCAAACUCCAAGUAACUGGAGAUGCGACGUUGGCUGCUAAACUAGCUGAGGUGAUGUAAGCUUGUUCAUUGGUAUACGUGUAAUUGUAAUGAGGCAAGAAUGGCAACAUUUGAUUUGUGUGUCCAGCGACUGACUUUUAGUAUCCGAUAAGUAAAAUUUCAAUUGCCUACAUUUCUUGUGUUUGAAUUGCACCUUAAGUGAAUUGGACUAUCAACAAUUGUGAAUAAAACAACUUUUCAUAUGUUAAGAGAAAUUUUUUAGAAAUUCGAUGACUUGUUCUUACAUUUUGAAAAUUUAU